AUGUUAUACAAAGAGAUUGAUGCGAAAGAACAAAUGGAAAGAAUAAAUGUUGUCCUACUAGUAGGGGAUCCAUCGCUUGCAGACAAUUUGCCUAUAAAAUCCUACAAUAAGGAGAAGGUUCUUAACUGGUCUCCGCCUCCUUCGAAUUUCUUUAAAUUCAAUGUUGAUGGAGCGGUAAGAGGUGAUGGGCUGCAGGGAGGUAUUGGAGGAGUCUUGAAAGAUUCGGAAUGUUCUACUUUAUAUACCUUUUCUUUUGCGGUGGGACCUGGUCCUCCUAUGUUAGCUGAGCUAAAAGCUAUUAAACAAGGGAUUGAUCUAUUCAUUUCUUCCGAAUGGGCUCUGAAGGGAAGACUAAUCCUUGAGACAGAUUGUAAAACAGCAGUUGACUGGAUUUUGAUGCCAUUUUCUGCCCCUACUUUUUUCAAUACUUUAGUUGGGGAAAUUGAGGCCUUAGUUUCUGCUAGGGGUAUUAUUGUUAGAUGGAUUCCUAGGACAUGCAAUUGGGAGGCUGAUAAGCUAGCUAAAGAAGGUAUUGGUUGA